AUGAAGAUGUUGGGAUUUUUAUGUCCUUAUGUCGCAGUGGUGAUUUAUCUUAUGUUUGUUGUGGAGAUGUCGAGUCACAGCAGCCAUGGAUGGGAGUUAGCUCAUGCAACUUUUUAUGGUGGCAUGAAUGGAAGAGAAACCAUGGAGGGUGCUUGUGGAUAUGGAAAUCUAAUCAAACAAGGGUAUGGUCUAGCGACAACAGCACUAAGCACAGCCCUAUUCAACAAUGGAUCCACCUGUGGAGGCUGUUUCCAGCUACAAUGCACAAAUUCGUCUUGGUGCAAGAAGGAUGCUCCAGACAUAAGGGUCACUGCCACCAAUUUCUGCCCUCCAAACUACACAAAAACAACAGACGUCUGGUGCAACCCACCCCAGAAGCAUUUCGAUUUGUCUCUCCCAAUGUUCUUGAAAAUUGCAGAGUACAAAGCUGGCAUAGUUCCAGUGCGUUUCAGGAGAGUCGCGUGCCAUAAGCAAGGAGGAAUUCGAUUUGAGCUCAAGGGAAAUCCUAAUUGGUUGUUGGUGCUGGUUUAUAAUGUUGGAGGAGCUGGGCGAGUUGUUGAUGUUAAAAUAAAAGGCUCUAAGACUAGAUGGCUACAAAUGACGAGAAAUUGGGGUCAGAAUUGGCAGACUUGGGAAAGUUUACAAGGGCAGAUAUUGUCUUUCCAAGUGACUGCUAGUGAUGGUAGAAUGGUGCAAUCUAAUAAUGUUGCACCAGCUAAUUGGCAAUUUGGCCAAACUUAUCAAGGUAUAAAUUUUAGGUGAGGUAAUUUAAGCUUUGCAAUUAAAAGGAGAGAAUACUUUACUAUCUUAUUGAAUCAUUGGAAUA